UACGCGCAUGUUAUAACUUCUCCGGAAAAUGGAUGAAGAGGAAGAUGUUCUAAAAGCACAGGAGGAUGGGCUAAGAGCUGAUAUAGUGGAACUGAAGGCUCAAAUCGAAGAGAAUGAAUUAGUUCAUGGAAUUCCUUCAAAGGGAAUGAGGUGUGUUUGUCUGUUGCAAUACUAACUACUGAAGUUCUAUCUACAUACCAAAAGACCCAGAUCAUUUUCGUCGAGAAAGAAAGUAUAUACUUCAAAGGACAAUGCAGGUUCUUGAACCCCAACCCAUACUUCUGCAAGCUGAUUUAAUGAUUAAGGAACUUGAUGCGUGUUCCAAGCGUGAAUAUACAGAAAAAUCAUUGCCCAUUCUAUUGCAUCAAUACUUUGUUGAUAGGAUGUAUCAGCUAGUUGUUCUCAAACAUUCUCAUUUACUGAGAUGGAAACGUUAUUGCUCCUCAACAGCUGCUGUUGAGUCCAUAUACUCGGAAUACCUAAAUAGGCUAGAACAAAUAACAAAGGAGUAUUUAGAUUCCAGUUCUAGAGCACAUCGACUUGCCUCGACUAGAGAAGGUCUACUGGCCAAUUCUGACUACGGUAUUGAAGAUGUAUCUGUUGAAGACUACCAGAUUUAUUUAAAGCACAUGAUUAGUCACUUGCAAUCACUUUCUUAUAUUAAUCAAGUUUUAAAUAUAAUUAAGUGGUUGCCUUACUCUCACAGGGACAAGAUAAAAGAAAGCCUUAAGAAAACAAAAGUGGACAGCGGUAAAGAAGAUCAUUCAUUGGAUGAUCAAGGACAACAAGAUAAUGCUGUGUUUGAUAAAUCAUCGAAAUCUGAUGAAAAAGUUAAAACUACGCUAAAUAAACAUACAGAUAAAGAAGGCAAACCAAAUUAUUCUUAUCUAAAUGAUGAUGAUGAUAAUGAUGGGGAUCUAUUCACUGGACAAAAAGAUAGCAAUAUUAAAGUAAAAGAAAAUGAAGCUGUUCAUGAAACAACUGGCAAUAUCCCGACGGAUACUGGUACUGGCACACGUCAAGAUAUGAAUGAUGAAAAUCUAGCUCAACCGUUAAAAGAGGAUAAAAAUAAAACAAAAUUAAUCAGUUUUGUAACAGACAAAAAAUCCAUCACUGUUCAUCAAAAAGAAGCAGCCAGUGAAAAUAAGUCAACAUCAUCAAGCCCUCAACAACCUCAGUGUCAUUUUCAUUUUGCUGAGCAUAUUCCCCAACCACCAGUAAUGAUGCAAGCAACUGUUAUGACUGCGAAUGGUCCAUUAUUACCAAAUAAGGCGAAUUUAUUGUUAGCAGCUACAGGCGGUGGAAUUACAACAGAUGAAAAAUCCUCUGGUCUACCAUUACAUGCAAAUGAUUUGGAGACAUUACGACCACACUUGAUAUUACUCUGUUAUGCAUAUAAUAUUCAAAUGAAUGUCAGUGCAUUGCGUUCAUCAGCAGAUGAAAUGGAGUUAUUUUCUGUAAUUAAUCGAAGAUUUCGGCAUAUUUUUAAUCGCCAAGAUGAAAUGCUCAACUUUCGAACAUAUGAUCAUUCAAAGACUGUUGGUGAACGUUGGGGCUUAGAUACAUGGGUACACGCUGUAAAGAAAACAAGUAAUUGGUUACCAUACGUAAAGUUGAAGCCGAGACGAGAUGAAUAUUUAGUAAGAAUGAUAAUGGAGUUAAGAUGUAGUACAACGAUAGAUGAUCUUUUGUUAGCUGCAUCAAAUUUUUUACAGAUAAGAUCAGCUGAACGCGUACAACAGUCAUUACGUCAUCAUGCAAUGCUUGUUCAACAUCCUCCUAUGAUACAUACAGCUUCUGUUGUGUCACAUAAACGUGGACAAAGUACUAUUGAAAUAUUCAAGAAGAUAUAUACAAAUCCUGAACUUUAUUCAAGUUCUUUUAGUUCAGCUGAUGGCAAAAAUAAAAGUGAUGAUUAUGACUUUGUUCAGGCUAUGCAAAUGUUAGGCCUGGAUGAUGCUGGAAGCGGUAAAGAUGAUCCAACCAGUGUACAAGGAGCCUAUCUUUCAUUUCUUCAUUUGAGACAUUUAAAGCUACGGGAUUUAAUGCGUACAUGUAUAUCUGUUUUGAAUUACUUUCGUUCUAUUGAAAGAACAUUAACUAUUAAUGAUCAAGGUUUAUCUAUGAGUGCUAAAGGUUCAGUUGAAAGAACGAGUCCACCAAAUCAUCGAGUCGGUGUAGAUAAUCAAGGUCAUCAAGGCGGUGGUAACACCUUGAAUGCUCAUGGUUAUCUCUUUAACACACCUCAUGAAUUCAAAAUUAAAGAAAUUGAAUUUAUGCAAUUCGCUGAUAUUGAAAAUCAUGAUGAUUUUUAUUAUCAUGAAGAGGAGAGAAUACACGUUCGAGAUCAAAUUGGUUAUUGGAUCGUGUAUGAUUGUGCAUUGGAUGAUUUCAGGGACCUUGAACGUGAUAUACUUUUGAUUGCUACAUCUUUCAUACAAAAAGAUAGAGCAGUUUCUUCAUCUUCUAAUGUUAAAAGGAAACCUUCAGCUUCAAGUAGUCGCAAAGAAGAUUUCGAUAUUGCCUUGUAUGCUCAUCGUGAAGUGGAUCGAUUCGGUGUAUUAUAUGAUAUAUGGUCGAAUGAAACUGCUUUUCAAGAGGCUAAAAAGAGUUUAAUGGAUAUUUAUUUAGAAGCCUAUAAUCAUGUAAUCUCAAGAGAGAGUAGACGAAGAUUAGCACAAAUGAUGACUGAUUUAAUGUUUAAACGGCCAAGAAUUGAUUUCAGUGAAAAUUAUUUUGUUAAAGCUUACAGAUAUGAAUGUGCUAUUCUAAGACAACGAACUGAAGUAAUGCGUUCAAUUCUAACUCAUCAGAUUUUAAAUGAACGAGAAUACUUAAAAAAAGUUUGCACUGGUAAACCAGAAUUUGGGCUACCACCACCUUUAAUAGAGAAAUUUUUGAUAGCUCCAAGUACAGAUGAACCAGUUCUAUGUCCAAUCUACUUACUCGAGUUUCAUUCAUCUUUAGCGUGUACACCAAGUAUAAUUGAAGCAAUCGAUGAAAGUGUACUCAGAGCAUUUAAUGUUCUUACACCUGAAAGUCAAAUUGAACGUAUUAAACUAGAGAAAAGAUUUUUUGAUUAUCUUAAAUAUGAAAUUGAUACAUUGAAACCAUUAGGUGCAUCAUAUACAGCACAGAUUCAACGUGAUUUAUUUUCAUCGUAUUUCAUUGAAGAUGCAAUACAAAUGUCAGAAUUAUGCAAUCAAUAUUUAUCAUCUAUACAACAGCGUAAUUCCCGUGGAGAUAAAAAAACUCGUCAAAUUUUCUUAUUGAAUGAAUUAGGUCGUUUAUUAGAUUUGAUAACAGUUAGACAUCGUUUAAUUGAUUGUAUGUGGGAGUGUGAAAUUCUAUCGAAAAUUUAUUUAAAUUUAUCUUAUCAAAUGGGUUAUGAUGAUUUCCAUUUGUUUAUUCGUCCGCUACAAUUUGAAUCAGCAAAGUAUAAAGAAGGUGCUGAAGAUUUGAGACCACCAGUGUAUAUAACAGCUAUACAAGAUGAUGAUUCACCAUUGGAUAAAUAUCUACCAUCAGCGCUACCACUUGCUAUCCAUGAACUAGAUGAAACACAUGUUGGAAAAUUCUCUUUUCGUGGGAAAGUUACAAUUAUGGAGAUGCUUGAGACAAGAGGUGUUGAGAACUUGUUAACUGUACUGAAGGUACAAACAGCUCAUAAAAAUGCUUUAAUUGCUUCAAUUUUAUUAGCUUAUAAUGCAUGUCCUGCAUUUUAUACAGCACAUGCACCUAAAGUCAAGAAUGGUGUAAUUCAUUCUAUUAACACUGGAGUUAAUUUAAUGAGUUAUAAUGGACUAAGUGGUACACAAGUUGGGCCUACUCCAUUGGCACUUGAAAGGUCAACACAUCAAAUGAAUGCAGAUUAUCAUCCAGAGGCUUAUUUCUCUAUACAACUUGAAAAGGGACCUAGUCGGGAUAGAAUGCAGAAUGCUUUUAUUAAAAGAACACAAGGUGGUGGUAUCGCUUCAUCGAAAAGUACUGUAGAAAGUGAGAAAAUGAAACGAGAAUUUUUAUCACAAUAUUGUCUUGAUUUUGGUCAACGUACUCAACAAGCAUCACUUCGUGCACAAAUUAUUGAAACCUACAGUUCUAUAUUAAUCAUAUUGAAAAGUGUACCAACUGUAUCUGAAGAAUUUUUCAUAAUUGGUUAUGCAUUUGAAAAGAAAUCCUCUGAAGAUGAUCUUGAUACACAGACUACAGAUCCACGAUCAUUACGUAGUCGUCCUCGUCGUGUAUUAUCUACAGAUGGUAAAAAGUGUUAUAACUUAUGGUUUAUACCACAUUUUAUCGAAGUGCUAUUUGUAUUUCGUCAUUUGGAUGAUGAAGCCUGUACAAAAGCUCUACGUUCUAUGUCAAGAAUUGCUCGUGCUUUACAUGACAUUUUGCAUUAUUUAAUUGCAUAUGCUCGGUUGGGUAUCAGUUCAUCUAGAAUAACACCUGAACAACGUCAUCGAAUAUUAGUUACGUCUGAUGAAAAUCAGAAUAAUUUACAAACAGCUGAAGAAUCCGCCAUUGCAACAGCAGAAGUAGCUGGUCUACAACAAUCAGCUUCACAACUUGUCUCUGUUGGUACUACUGAAAGUAUGUCAUUGGCGUUGUCAUCACCUGCCAGUUCCAUUACUCCACUGGAUUUAACAAUACAAGGACGUAGUCUUAUUGUGGAUCAAUUAGUAGCCACUGAAUUAAGAGAAAUUCAAUAUCAAAUAAAUCGAUUACCAGAUCCAACUGAUCCAGAACAAAUUAUUGAAGUUUUAUCGCUUAGACGUGAUAUAAUGUUCUUAAAAUUUGAUGUCUGCAUACGUACAGUGUUAGGAGAAACAUUUCUUGCUGCAGGUAAUGAAGAAGCCUUCAAAGAAGUAAAAGAAAACAGUCACUUCCCGCUAGCGGAAUUAUCAAAUAUGCAACGGCCGUGUGUGAAUGCAAUUGAUUUAUGUAUACCGGAGCCUAUGGAACCAAGAGAUGAUAAUGCACAGGCUAUACUUCCAUGGCGUUGUUUGAUUAAUUAUUAUGGUCCUUAUUUGCUAUUCAAUACAAAUUGGACACAAAUUGAUUAUAAUAUACGCUUAUGUUUAGCUGGAUUGAAACCAGUCGAUCGCCCAACUGUACACGGUGAAUUAUUGGCUAUGAAUUUAACUCUUGAAGAUAUUCUUGAAACUGGUGAUAUACCAGAAGCUUGUGCUGGGGAUAAACUACCAAUUCAACAGGCGGAAAAUAUGCAUUGUAUGCUUGGCAAGCGUACUAGAGAGAAGAGACGUGAUCUACAACAGACACCAGGUAUUACAGCUACAACAGGUCCAACAAUGACAACGCAAACACCAAGUACAGAACAGAGUACAGGUAAAACUCAAAGUAUCAGUCCAAAUCUACAAACUGCUACAUCAAGUUCAUCUAAAAAAUUAACAGGUGUAAGUACAAUCAAGUUGAGUACUCUGGAUACACCGAUAGCAGCAUAUGAAUUAAUCAAAAAGUGUUUAAUUUUGUGGAAACGUGUUGAGUUAUUGAAAUAUGCUUGGGGAAAGAGAAGAUUAGGCAUUGAACGAAUUAAUACACCAUCAGCAUUUAAAAUGUUUUGUUCAAUUUACAAACGUGAGAAGCUGUAUCCUUUAUUACGAAAUUUAUCUAUACAAUAUCGUCAGCCUGAUAUGUAUUCUUUUGGUCCAUUGAAUGAUAGUGACAUCUUUGUUAUGCCUAAAAAUAUUCCAGAAAUUGUUGUCAGACAACGACAAUUACUUAAACUUAUAGAGGCAUUUGAAUUCUUCAUGAUAUCUGAUUUAAGAAAGUUAGUUGUACGUCAAACUGAUUUAGUAAUCAAGGAGCGUAAUCGUGAAGAAGGUAAUCUACCAUUAGAUUUAUGGAAAAGACCUGCAAUGAAAGAAUCUUUAACUGUACCACGACCUGCAUUAGCUGAAGAAUUUCUCAGUGAAUUACUUUCACACACAACAUACAAUGAAAAAACUGAUGUAUAUAUAUUGACCAAAAAGAAUUUUAAUGAUGUUAUACAAAAUGUAGCCAUUUCAGUGAUGAGAAAUGAACGAGAAUCAUUUGAACAUUAUUCAAUGUAUUAUGAAAAUUUAUUAAAAAAUCAACACAGUAUAAUUUAUGCUAAUGAACGUGAAAUACAAGAUCUUAAAGAUCAACUGCAUCAAAAAGAUUUAGAAACUGGUGUCACAGUACAAUUUCAAAUGUCUGAACAAGCUCAUAAUUUGUUACUAGAGGUUACUGCACUAAGAGCUAGAAUUCAUGAAUUAGAAGAAAUAAAUAGUAGGAAUGAAGCUAAAGCACGUAAACAUGUUAGAAAUGAAUUCAAUAAUUCAAUUCGUAAACUAUUCGGUCUUAGCUUUGAACAAAAAUCACGUAUCGAUGAGUAUCGUAAUCAACUGCAUGCAAUCACAUUACAACGUAUUGCUGAAGUAAGAGAUGAAGCGUCAACAGAAAUGUCACGUAUAAAAGAACGAGGUGGUGUUAGAGCAUCAGCAGAAGAUGAAUUAGCUGAGCGUAAUAAUCGCCUGUUUAAAGAAGUGACAGCUUUACACGAACGUAAUAUCAGUCUUCAACAAAUGAUUGGACGUUUAAGAGUUAUGGCACAUUGGCAACAGACUACAUUAAGAUGUAUUUUUGAAAAACAGAUUGACGCUAUUGAAGAUCAACGGAAUCAAAGUAAAACUCGUGUUACACGCUUAGGUAUACUAUCUGAACAACGUGUACGUUUAUUAAAUGAAGAAAUGGCUAAAGUUCGUGAACAUUUAGCUAAUACAGAAAAACAUUUAAACAAUUUACGUAAUGCACUAGAUAAAGAAAUGAAAGAUAAAGUUGAGAAGAAACAUGCAGCUGAAAGGAAAGCAGCGACAGAUAAACAAAUGACUAUAGUAAAACAAAUGCAUAUCGAUCAGUUGAUGGCAGAAAUCACCGAGAAAGAUGCUGUACUAAAUGAGAUGAGUGGAAUUUUAGACGCAAGUGCUAAAUCAAAAAAACAAGAAGCUGAUAAAUCAGGACGUGAAGUUGAAGUAUUACGUAAACAACUGAAAGAAGAAAAACAGUUGAAAAAGUCUGCUAUACAAAAAAUUGACGAUUUAAUGUCACAACUAUACGAAUUUGAGGCAAAUCAAGCAAUAUCAUCAGGUACAAAACAAAAACCAAUGUCAGCUAGCCCUUCAAGUAGGCUGGAUAUUGGACAGACAACUGGAAAUUUGAGAAAAAUGCACGGAGAUAAAUCUCGACUUGGUAGACCAGUUACACACGACGGUUUUAUAAAGCGUAAUGCUAUACCAUACACAUAUGAGCACUAUACACAAUUUAGGAAUAAAAUGGUUGGUAUACCAUCAUUACGUGAACGCCUAGCUGACAGAUUACUUAGAAAUGGUCCACCCGAUAAGCAUUCGCAACUAAUUGAAAUGCAAAAGCAAUCAGCAAGUGAACAGUAAUACUACUGAGGAUAAUAUUAAAGGCAUUUAUAUACAUAUCAUUAACAAUUGUCAAAGAAAAAUAUAUUACUGAAUUGAUUUCACACUAGAAUAUUGAGAGUUGAUCGAUCCACUUGUGAAUGAAUCUCCGUAUUAUGUAAUUUUUUGAGAAAAAAGAAAGAAAGAAAAGAAGUAUCCUUCUUUACGCA